UAAAUAAACCAACAGAUGUGUCUUCGCGUUUGGUUCUAACGGACAGAUAAGAAGAAAAUGAUCAUGACGACAGAAUACCUCUUAAUUGGAAUAAUUUUCAUUUCAUAUGGAGCAUUUGGAACUUCUAUCCAUUCCGGACAUGUUAGACGAAAGAGAUGGGAUGACACUACUGGAGACUUGAGCAACAUGUUUCGUGGUACCGCAGGGGUAGAUUAUCCUGACCUCAAAACUAUACCCACAACUAAUUUUCGCUGUGAAGAUCAAAUUUAUGAAGGUGGACUUUACGCAGAUGUGGAAGCGCAGUGCCAGGUGUAUCAUGUUUGUCAUGAUGGCAGAAAAGAUAGCUUCCUAUGUGGUAAAGGUACGAUUUUCAACCAGCAAAUUUUAGCAUGUGAUUACUGGUACAGUACAGAUUGUGAAAGUGCACCUAAUUACUACCAUAUGAAUUUGGAAAUAGGCUCUCACUCACAUCACGCUGGAUGUCACCAUGAUAGCAAUCAGAAUGAUCCAAAUUCUGACCGAAAUAGAUUAAAACCGUACACUGAUCCCAAUCAAAGAGAACAGAAGUUAAUUGAAUCCAGACAAGGAGCUGCUGGACAUAGCAAAAACGAUAAUCAACAACCUUGCAACUGCAUUCAAAACCAGUACAAAGCUCCAUGGUCUUUUCCAACAGGAAAAUAAGUUGUAAAAACUAUGUAAUAUGAAUUAUAGUAAUAUGAAAGUGCCGUUAGUAUAAAAUUGUUAAUAAAAACCAGGGAAAAAGCAUUUGUAAUAAACUUAUUUUAUCGGAUA